UAUAUAGGACAUUUUCUGUAGUCUGAGUGACUUGUGGCUCCAGUACUCCUAGAGUACUGGUCACCUGACCAACUAUGUGAGGAAUCAUAAGCCCUUGAAGGUAAUCCCUUAAAAAUAUAUCCUUCCUAAUCUUCUUUGUUGGACAAUGAAAGAGAGAAAGAGGGAAGCAUAAGAGCCAAGUGCUGUGAGGAAGCCUUUUUUUCUUAGACAUUUGGAUGUUGUCUUCCAGCCUUUGACUUUGUACUAUAUGUAGAAAUGCCCUCCUUCCCUCCCUUAAAAUGCUUGAGGAAAUUGUGUGGCUUAGGGAAAAGCAAAAAUCUAUCACCUGAUAGAGCCAAUUUCAGGGGCUCAUUCAGGAGCAGGCUGGUGAAUGAGGACAAGAGAGUCACUGGAGUUCCAUGUCCUCCUCCCAGAAGAGCUACCAUCACUCAUUUGCUAUAUCUGCAACCAGAGGAUUACUGCUUAUGUGCUCACUUAUUCAACAACUUCAACACUCUAGUGGCCCACCCUCAGGACCCUCAUCACCCAUCAGAGAAGCCUGUCAUCCAGUGCUACAAGUGUGGAGAACCAUGCAAAGGUGAAGUGCUCCGGGUUCAAGCCAGGCAUUUCCAUAUCAAAUGCUUCACCUGCAAAGUAUGUGGCUGUGACCUGGCUCAAGGAGGCUUCUUCAUAAAGAACGGAGAAUAUCUCUGCACCCUGGAUUACCAACGAAUGUAUGGAACACGCUGUAAUGGCUGCGGGGAAUUUGUGGAGGGAGAGGUGGUGACAGCUCUUGGGAAGACCUAUCACCCUAACUGCUUUGCCUGUACAAUUUGCAAACGCCCAUUUCCACCUGGAGACCGAGUUACCUUCAAUGGAAGGGACUGUCUUUGUCAGCUCUGUGCUCAGCCAAUGUCUUCCAGCCAUAAAGAAGUCUCAAGCUCCAGCAAUUGUGCUGGCUGUGGCAGAGACAUAAAGAAUGGGCAGGCACUGCUGGCUCUGGAUAAGCAAUGGCAUCUGGGGUGUUUUAAGUGCAAAUCCUGUGGAAAAGUCCUCACUGGAGAAUACAUCAGCAAGGAUGGAGCUCCUUACUGUGAAAAGGACUAUCAGGGACUUUUUGGUGUCAAAUGUGAAGCUUGUCAACAAUUCAUCACAGGGAAAGUUUUAGAGGCCGGUGAUAAACACUACCAUCCAAGCUGUGCGCGAUGCAGCAGGUGCAACCAAAUGUUCACAGAAGGAGAGGAAAUGUAUCUUCAAGGUUCCACCGUUUGGCAUCCCGACUGUAAGCAGUCUACUAAAACAGAGGAAAAACUCCGGCCAACCAGGACAUCUUCUGAAAGUAUUUAUUCCAGACCAGGAUCAAGCAUCCCUGGCUCUCCAGGUCAUACCAUCUAUGCAAAAGUUGACAAUGAGAUCCUAGAUUACAAGGAUUUAGCAGCCAUUCCCAAGGUCAAGGCAAUUUAUGACAUUGAACGUCCAGAUCUUAUUACCUAUGAGCCAUUCUACUCUUCAGGAUAUGAGGACAAACAGGAGAGACAGAGCCUUGGAGAGUCUCCAAGGACUCUAUCUCCCACACCAUCUGCAGAAGGAUACCAGGAUGUUCGUGAUCGAAUGAUCCAUCGAUCAACUAGUCAGGGCUCCAUUAAUUCUCCUGUCUACAGCCGUCAUAGUUACACUCCAACAAUGUCACGUUCUCCACAGCAUUUUCACAGACCUGGCAAUGAGCCAUCCAGCGGCCGGAACUCCCCUCUCCCUUAUCGGCCAGACAGCCGCCCUCUAACUCCAACUUACGCUCAGGCCCCUAAACAUUUCCAUGUUCCAGAUCAAGGGAUCAACAUAUACCGAAAACCUCCCAUCUACAAACAACAUGCUGCCCUGGCAGCACAGAGCAAGUCUUCAGAGGAUAUCAUCAAGUCCUCCAAGUUCCCAGCAGCUCAUGCUCCAGAUCCCAACGAGAUACCAAAGAUUGAGACGGACCACUGGCCAGGUCCCCCCUCACUUGCUGCCGUAGGAACAGAUAUGAGGCGCAGAUCAAGUGGCCGUGAGGAAGAUGAGGAAGAGCUUCAGAGACGCAGGCAACUUCAAGAAGAGCAGCUGUUGAAGCUCAACUCAGGUCUGGGACAAUUGAUACUGAAGGAAGAAAUGGAAAAGGAGACUCGGGAAAGGACUUCCCUUUCAGCAAGCCGAUAUGAUUCACCACUAAAUUCAUCUCUACAUACUUCAUCUAAAACCUCCUCCCUCCCUGGUUAUGGAAAAAAUGGCCUACACAGACCCGUUUCUACUGAUUUUGCCCAAUACAAUAGCUAUGGUGAUGUCAGUGGUGGGGUUCGAGAUUUCCAGACCCUCCCUGAUGGCCACGUACCUGGAAUGCGAAUGGACAGAGGAGUGUCCAUGCCUAAUAUGUUGGAGCCAAAGAUUUUCCCAUAUGAAAUGCUCAUGGUGACCAACAGAGGGCGGAAUAAAAUACUAAGAGAUGUAGACAGAACCAGACUUGAGCGCCAUUUGGCACCUGAAGUGUUUCGAGAAAUAUUUGGAAUGUCAAUACAGGAGUUUGACAAGUUACCUCUUUGGAGACGCAACGAUAUGAAGAAAAAAGCAAAACUCUUCUAAGUCACAUAUGCCCACCAAUUUGAAAAGUUAAUGAAGAUGCUGCAUAGGAUAUAGUAUUAAACAAUGGCCACGUUUGAUUGGAGAACUUACAAACUACUUCUCCACAGCAACAACAAAAAGGGAAAAAUCUGAUUGAGGCACCCAUGAUCUAAGCAUUGGCCUAACAACAGCAACACUUGCCAAGAAGCAAUGGGGUGGAACUUUAUAUGUUCCAAACUUGACAGUAGUUUUCAUGUGUGACCUUUUUACAUUAUCUUAUGUACAUGAUUUGAGCCACUUUCUUAUUUUGUUUCCCUUUAACUGUUGUCCAAAAUACAACAGACUUUAUUGGUUAAGCCAGGAAGUGCCCUUAAGAUGCUGAAUGGGGGGAAAAGUAGUUAUAAUAACUCCAAAAAAUGAUUAUACACAUUACAGUACUGUGGUUAAGGGAAAAAACCCCAACAACCUGUGUAACAUAUCCAAAUGGUAACAUUAAUCAUAUUGCACAAAUAUUUCUUAAUUGGCUUCAUUUAAAAAUGCCCAUUCUGUAGCUGUAGUAGAAAUGAAAGAGGCAGACACCUGAGUAAACUACUCCAUUGGGCUGCUUACCAAUGGAAUGAUUUUAAAUGUGCUCCUCGCUCUCUGCUGCAUACAUUUGCUAGAAUGUGGUUGGUGAAUUUCUGUGCUUUUGUAAACAGCAUUUCUCCCUCUUCACUUUCUUUUUUUUUUCUUUUUGCUUCAGAUAAUUUAGCUUAAACUUAACCUACCCAGCAAAGGCAAGUAGCAAACCUGAACCCAGCUUGCAAAAAGAGAGGAAGGAAAGCUCUCCUUCAGAUUGACCUGGGUUACAUUCUUUUUGAGGGACCCAUACCACCAAGUUGCCCCAGGAAGCACACCAUGUUAUAGAAAAUAACAUUUCAUGUUCUUUUGCCAAUGCAAAUGUGCUAGCCUGGCAUCUUCCAUAUAGUAUGUGACGCAUAGCAUAUAUCAAGCUGAAGGUCAUUUCAACCAUAGUCUAAGGAAGGAUAUGUUUUCUCUCUUUCAUCUUUGUAAUUGCAAAACAGAGAGCUUCGAAUUUACUCAAUUAAAGGUGAGAAAGAGGAAGUUGGCUUUCUUUUGUGUCUUAUACUAUUGAAGUCAAGGUUUACUGAAUAGAAUUUUUUAAUCAUGUGCUUCAAAAAGCUCAUUUCUGCGUGAAUGUUCUGCUUUUUGAAGGAUAUAUCAAUGAAAUGUGCAGGGAGACAGCUCAUUUCUAUGGAAGGAUGAGUCCACUUUUCUAUCCCCUGGUGAAAAGCAAGAUGAGCUAUAGAGCCUUUUUAUCUUAUAUUGGCACAUGGAAGCCUCUUUCUAAUGAUGCACUGAUAUUAUUACCCAUCUCUUGCUUUAAGUGACAUCCAAAUUCUGACUGCAGAGCAAAAAAACUUAAGAUAACUUUGUAACUUAACAGAUCAAACCAUUCGCCCUUGAUGUUCAAAGUCUUGUAAGAGGAGAUUAUAUAUAUCUUAAAAUGGGAUUCUAGAGAUCCCCUUGAAACUUAAAUACAACUUAGUCAAACUACCUGAUCACCUUUGACCACUCACACUGAACAAGAGCCAUUCAAAUUUGGCUCAUUGCCCCUGGCCUCCACUGAAACCACUGGUGCAGAAGUCAAAACAUAACUUUGAAGGUUCCUAUAGAAUAUGUUUUGAGUUGCUCUGCAAAAAUGCCAUUUUUGGCAAAAGAAUAGUUUCUUCUCUUGACACCAUUUUGGGAAUAAUAUUAGUUGUCUGUCAUACAGCCUAUGGUGAAAAUAAGUAGAUUUGUUUUCCAAAUGGGCACUGUUUGUAAGGUUACAAGGGGAAGUAUUAUGUGGGUACAACACAUUUAAUUGUCCUAGGUGCUAUAAUAGGGAGUAGAAUCCAUGUAUAGUGGUCUUUUUUUAUUUACUAACCUAGUUGAAGCCAUCUAUUUUAUUGUACCUUCAGAAUCAUGAAGUGAAUAUUCAAGGACCGUUCUUGCAUAUAUGUAUCUAUAUGUGUAUGUAUGUAUAUCUUAAAUCUACUAAAUUGUUUAACAAAUUGUUCCCAUGGUAGUCAUACUGGUUUGUUUUUUUUUUUUUUAAUGAAAACUUUUGCCUUCGUUUUUGUCCCUUGAAGCAUUCAGUGCUUUAUUACCUACUGUGGUGAGAAUGUCUAUUUCUGUCGUCUCUCUGAACUCUCCUAUGACUGCACCCCUUGCCAAAAUCCUUUUUCAUACUUUAUUGUCUCGUGAUCUUCUCUGGCAAAGCAAGCUGUCUAGUGUUUUGUGCUCUUUCAUAGUUCUACAUGGCUUUUUUUUUUUUUUAAUAGGAGGAAUGUAUUCCCAAAGUUUAGCCAUCAAAAUAAAUGAGGAAACCUACUUGAGUAAAAUUCCAAUCCUUUGACUUUCAUAUUAUUUUUCAUCUAAUGAGGAAAAUAGUGGCUCUUAAUAAUUUUAUUUUCUUAUCACUUAUAACAUAAAAAUGUACUUGCAAGCCAAAUAAUUGUACAUUUAGAAAAGAAAAAGAAAAAUUAAGGUGCCUGGAAACUGUAGGCAUAAAUAAGUAGUUUGAACUUUGGACCAUGUAGGUAAGAUGUUAUAGAAUCACAAAAUGUGCGAGUUCGAGGGAACCUUUGAUAACAUCUAAUCCAGGCUUUUCAUUGGAUAGAUUAGAAACUGAAACUCCUAAAAGAUUGUAUGGCUUGUCCAAUACCACACAACUUGCUGAAAUUGGCAAGUUAAACUAAGACAAGAACCCAAAACAUCUCAGACUUCAUGUUCUUUCUUCUGAAUGAUACUGCCAUUGUAUGGUGUUUAUUUUAGGUAGAUCCUACAUCCAGACCUGAAAAGUCAUUUUCCAUCUCAUUCAUUUGCUACUGAUAAUAUUAACUAGAGCAGAACACACUCCCACAUACAUAACAUGUGCGCACACACACACACACACACACACACACAAAUUACCUGCCAAAGAACUUGAUAGGAGCCUCCUAUCUUUAGGCAAGGCUGCCCUUUGACCUAGAGAGUGAAAGGCUUAGAAACCUAAACCUUCCUGAUAAUAAAAUGCAUUUUAGGCUAGGGAUCUAAUAAAAUUACUAUAGGGUGGGAAUGGGGCCAGUCUAGUUUAUGUAACUGCCACAUCAUAUGUGUGGACUUAUCAGUUUCAUUAAAAAAUCAGUCUAGCAUGCACACCUUCAAGACACCCAGGCCACAAUAUAGAAUGCAGCUGGGCUCUGUUAAAAGCAAACCCUGUAUUGUCUAUGACACUAUUUAUAUAAUAUGUAAAUUAGGGGUAAAUAUUCACUUUACAAAAAAAAAGUUUGAUAUUAGAUGCAUUUAAUUGUCAACUUUCCUUGAUUUGUUUUCAAAAUAUUCUUAGAUUUAUGACCAUCUGAUCAACAUACACCUUUUCAGGAAUGCAUCUAUUAUGCAAAGUGAGGCGUACUUUAGAAGUGAAUCACUAACUAAAUUGUAUGGUUCUUUUAAAUGAACUUAAGAAGGUUCAGAGUAAGACUUAGUCUUCCUUACCAAUGGUGUCUUUUAAAACAGAUUACAAUGACUGGAAGAGUGUUAGAAGACUGCAGCAAUAUAUUUGUUUCUUUUUUUAGCUUGGGACUAGUUGUGAAGUGCUCUUAAUAUUUUUUUUCUGCAUUGAGCUCUGUUGAAUCACCUCUUCCUCAAAGUAUCAAAGGAACAGUGCUAAAAUUGGCAAAUUAAUAAGAUGUGAGAAAUAAUUCUGUGUCUUUGAUGUUCCCUGGUCACCUUCACUCAGAAGACUAUAUGUUUCAAAUUGGUUUUCUUCUGAUACAGGAGUUGUGGCCAUUAUCUUGUGACUACUCUCAUCCCUUAGAAUGGUGAGGUCAGUCAUCUUUACCAGCAAUUUAUGGCAGAUUGGCUGGUAAUGUUUAUAAAACUUUAAUCCUAUUUCAUGACUCUUUGAAGCAAAUACUUUUUCUAAAGAAUUGCUUCUCUUGGAUACUGUUAAGUUUUUGCAAGUUUGAAAAAUUCAAGUCACUUUUGAUUAGAUAGAUCUUUCUAAAACCUAUUUGAGACAACACCUUGUCAUCAUUUAAAUUAGGAGAAUGGCAGGCAACUUUUCCAGGCUGUAUGCUUUUGUAUACAUUUUCCUUAUCAACAAGAAGGAUGCUGAAAAGAAAAUAAAUUUCAUGUCACCAACCUAUCUGUACCAUUUGUGGGAAAUAUGUCUGGAGCAAAUCCAGUUUUUACAAAUCACUUACUCUUUUUCAUCAGUGCUUGUUUACUCUGUACUCAAUUGCUUUUUCUGUAUAUUUGAUACCUGGAUAUUGUCUUUGCUCUCUUUUUCUUCCCAUACAUUUAAAAAAAAUGCAGUGUGGUUCUUUCUGUGGAAAUGGGCAUUUUGUUUUAAAAACCCAUAUGCUGCUUAUUGCUGUGAAAUUGUCUGUGUUCCCUUACAAAAACAUCUCUAAUAUAGUUAUAAAGAGUUUUUAUUAUUUCUAAUAUAAAGAAAAUUAUUUUGGUCAGAAUAAUUCUGCCCGUAAUAAGAACUACUGGAUAUCUUGUAGUGAAAGAACGAUCAUUUGAGGAGGAGAGGGUACAAAAGCAAGCAAUCAUUGCUUUCUCAGACACUGUCCAAGAGGCAAUAGGUAAAACCAAAAAUCAUUCUUUACCCCAUAGUUUGAAUUUUAACUUGUCCCAGUUUGAUUUAUGAUUAAACUCAUCAAGCAGAUUUAGAUAGAAACAUUCCUUGAAAUAACUAAUAUAUAUGCAGUUCUAAAUUCAAGUGCUUAUUUUAAGAUACUUCAGGUCUUUGGAAAAUGAUAGCUACCAUUAUACAACAUUCUUUUCUAAUGUGUCUCCCAGAACUGUUAAUGAACCAUGUUUUAAAAGUCAACAUUCAAAAUGAUUGCAAUCCCUCUAUUACAAUUUUUUUCUGGAAGUAAGACAAGGAUAUAGUUAAACUUUGUUCUACCCAUGGAAAUGAAUUUGUUAUUCUUAAUAUAAAUGUCCAGUAAUGUAUGUGAUUUCUGUAAGUUGCUGAAAAAUCUGUGCAUGAGAGCCUUUAAAAAUGACUUCUAUUUUGGUUUUCUUUUUUUUUUUUUAAGAUUUAAGGAAUUUUUUUCCCCAUUUCUCUCUUCCUGCUUCCAAAAAUAUUCAAACAAGUAUUUGAAAGACUUCCUUUUGGGGAAAAAAAAGAAAAAAGAAAGAAAGAAAUGUGUGUUGUGUCUCCUGUGAAAGUGAAUUAUUUGUCUGCCCACUGAGUACUCAAUGCUUGUAUGCAGAGUGAAGAGUCAGCCUGCCAUUCUCUGGGUUGCUGUUCUGUACAAUUACUGAUCUUCUCCACUUUUCCUGUUGCAAGCAGCACAUAUUGCACUCCUAUGCCCCUGUAAUCUGCAUCACUGUUGUACUCAGAACAAGUCAAUGAAUAAAGUUUUGUGCUUUAUUCUUAAA